UCUCAAGAACCGAUAAAUAAAAAAAUUUAAAGAAACAAGAGAAAUACCCAAUAGCCAUUUCACAAUUUCAAAGCCUUGUGUCCUCUCUCUCUCUCUCUCUCUCUCUCUCUCUCUCUUCAACUUCAUGGUGCAAAUGUGGGUGGGGUUUGGGUUAUUAAUUAUUAUGAUUGAGUGAACCAGACAAAGCUACCUAGCCAUAAACCCACUACCAGUUAUGCAUUUAUUUCUCCCUUUGAGCUUUUCAUUGUGCUGUUUUUGAUUCUUUCUUUUGUUCAUUUGUGCUUUCUUUGAUUUCUUUGUCACUGAUAAGACCCAACAGAAUGUGGGAAAAUGUGGGAUUUGUUUUCUUGCUGAGAAUGAGUGUUCAGCUGAUCUUAAUUUUCCAGUGAAAAUGAGGGAAAAUGCAAGUAAACAAGGAAAUUAGAGGGUAGACAAAGUUCCCACAUUUUUUGGCCCUUUUUCCUGCAAAAUUUCUUGGCUGCACAGACUCUUUAAUCUGCAAAAUGAGGAAGCAUGGAUGGCAGCUUCCCUAUCAUCCUCUCCAGGUGGUGGCUGUUGCUGUGUUUCUGGCAUUGGGUUUUGCCUUCUAUGUGUUUUUUGCACCUUUUGUGGGGAAUAAAUUGUUUCAGUACAUUGUGAUGGGGAUUUAUACACCUCUUAUUAUAUGUGUUUUUGGGUUAUAUAUCUGGUGUGCUGCCACUGAUCCUGCGGAUUCCGGGGUUUUCAAGUCGAAAAAGUAUCUUAAGAUUGGAGAUGACAAAAGCCAUAGUCAUGUCAAGGAUUCUAAACUAGGUGGAGGAGAGUCAACUUCAUCAGUACAUGGUGCUAAUGCUAGUUCGGUUGGAGAGAAAACUUUUGACAAAAACACGGGAGCUCAAGCGGCUGCAGAUCCUCAUGGUGCUCAAACCGACGAGAAGAUUGAGGCAGCUUCUCAUCAAACAUUGUGCGCUUCUGUGCUGUUACCUUUACUACCCUGUGCUUCGUCGUGCUGCCCAAAUCGACACGACGAGUCUUCCGAGCAACAAACAAGUGAAGAUGGCAUGUUCUAUUGCAGUUUGUGUGAAGUGGAGGUGUUCAAAUACAGCAAGCACUGUAGAGUAUGUGAUAAAUGUGUUGACCGCUUUGAUCAUCAUUGCAGGUGGCUAAACAAUUGUAUUGGCAAAAGGAACUAUAGGAAGUUCUUCACCCUCAUGGUUUCUGCUCUCGUACUGCUUAUACUUCAGUGGUUGACUGGAAUCCUUGUUCUGAUCUGUUGCUUUAUUGAGAAGAAGAGGUUCUCGGCGGAUAUCUCCUCUAAGCUAGGAAGCAGUUUCUCCAUGGUUCCAUUUGUUAUUGUUGUGGCGGUCUGCACCAUAUUGGCAAUGAUUGCGACACUGCCACUUGCUCAGCUUUUCUUCUUUCACAUACUUCUCAUCAAGAAGGGAAUUAGCACAUAUGAUUAUAUCAUAGCUCUGCGGGAGCAAGAGCAACAAGGGAUUGGAGGUCAACAAAGUCCUCAAAUGUCAACGGUUAGCUCCAUAACGGGGUUAAGCAGUGCAAGCUCCUUUAAUACUUUCCAUCGAGCAGCGUGGUGUACACCUCCACGCCUCUUUCUCGAGGAUCAGUUCGAUGUAGUUCCUCCGGACAACGGAUCUGUUAGUUCACUUGGAAAAAAGACGUCGGUAGAGGAGCCGGUUAAGAAAAAGAACCCCGCUGCUGUGAAGAUCAGUCCAUGGACAUUAGCACGGUUGAACGCCGAGGAUGUUUCAAAGGCGGCAGCCGAAGCGAGGAAGAAGUCGAAAAUUCUGCAGCCUGUUGUGAGACAGCAAACGCCUUACGACCUUGAAGCGAACAGUAGUUUCGGGAGCAGUGGGCGUCGAAUGAUCCCGAGGCCCGACAACAACAGAAGGCGACCCAGCAAGCGUGUCCGUCUCCCUACAGAGCUACCGUUCGAAGGUUUGGCGAAGCUUUCAAGUGAAGUUGCUCACAACAAUAGUAGAGGUCCUAUGAUCACCGAGACAUCAACAAGUUUGGCCCCUCUUCAUCUUGAAGCCCGAAGCGCUUUUCGUACAAACCAGGCAAUAGUCUCGAGCUCGGGAGGAGGCAUUGCUGCUUCUUCCCCAGAGAGCAGCUUGGACUCCCCCGAUAUUCUCCCUUUCCGGGCCUCAUCAUCGGGAGCAGAAGAGGGUAGACAUCUCGUGGGACUAUCAUCAACCUCCGGGAUGAGUGUCCAUAAAGAAAUUCCGUUGUCGAGGUCAACUAGCGAUGGAUAUGAUGCAUCGGGGGGUGAAGAUAGUGACCGAGUUCCUAACCGAUUUGUGCAAAGGUCAACAAAAUGGAGUAGCCUUCUUUUCGGGUCUGACCAAAACGAGAGGGCCAGUAGGUUGAUGGCACCAUCAUCUUCAUCUACCCAAGCUAACACCAGAAUGCUCUGAACUCUCCAAAACUUAACUAUAUAUAUAUAUAUAUAUAUAUAUAUCAUUUUGGUCUUGGCAAAGUAGUUGGGGGAUUAUAUGAGAUUUUUUCAUUUAUUGGCCAAAAGUUUGUGUAAAGGAACCUCCUGGCUUCACUUUGGCCUCUUGCAUUUGUUAUUGGGUUUAAAAGUUUGGCUUCCAGAGAAGAGUUGACAGGAAGGGCAUAUUAUUGUGUGCAAUUCUGUUGUCUGUCAACAUUUUUCUGGGAAUGUAAUCCCUCCCUCUCUCCCAGCCAGGAACAAUGUAAAAUGUAGGCAUUAUGGAUUCUAGCAUUUGAAUUUGAAUGAAGACUUUGGUUGCCCCAA